AUGGCAGUGACAUUCUACGGCUCCCAGACUAAGACGGAGACAGUGGCACCUCUGUCAUAUACAGACUCCCCCUGGAGGCUCUUCAGCUUCGACAUCCUGCUGUUCUUGCGCUGGAGCCCCUACCUGAUCAAUAUUUUCCUUCCACUGUGGCCGUGGCCAUCCCAUUGCCUGGACGAGCUCUAUCCGUCCCUGGCCAAUAUCCAUGACAUCGUCUUGCAUACCAUUCUUGUCGUUGCACAAUCGUUCUUCCUGAUUUCUCUGCCAUUACUGAUCACUUUUCCAUUCGGCUCCUACAUCUUCUAUAUUGGUCUAUUCCUCGCGUUGAACAAGGUCGUGUGCACGCUUCUGAAUGGCAAGAUUCCCGAGGACGGUCUCAAGUCAACCGAGGACGAUCAUUCUGCAGCUUGGAAACGGCACGAUGAUGAGAGCUGGAUCUUCCUCAACGGUGUAGCAGUGGGGAAACACUGGCUACAAAGCAAUAUCGAUAGAUUAUCACGAACGUUUCACCGUCCAGUGGUAGGGGUGCACAAUAGAACAAACGGCAUAAUCUUCGAUAUCAUCCAAUGCCUGAUACAACGCGCUUUACUCUACAGCAACGCGAAUGUCCGGCAGUGUCACAUGCUUAUCAAGAAGGCUCUAUACGCACCGGGGAUCAAGAAAGUCGUCCUCAUCCUACAUUCUCAAGGCGCCAUCGAAGGUGGCAUGAUCCUCGAUUGGCUCUAUGAUGAAGUACCUCAUGAUUUGCUCAAACAGCUGGAAGUCUACACCUUUGGGAACGCCGCAAACCACUUCAACAAUCCCUAUCGAGUCCAUAUUCCCAGUGUCGGUGCAGGCUCAAAGCUGGCCCCUGCUCAGUGGCAAACGCGGAGCAAGCGUGCAGUGGCCCAUAUUGAGCAUUAUGCGAACAGCAAGGACUUUGUGAGCCGAUGGGGUGUUCUGCACUUCACACGCAAAGUCACCGAGGACCCGCGGGAGAACAGAUUCAUGGGCCGCGUCUUUGAACGGCCUGGAAGGGGGCACCAACUCAAUCAGCACUAUCUUGAUAACAUGUUCCCGCUUGAUCCAACCGGACGAUUUGUCCGUGGUUUGGCCGAUGGCGAUUUCAUGGAGAUGGAUGUCAGUGUAGGUGGCGGUACAGAAGUCAGGGAAGGGCUGGAUCAGAGCCUUGAUGCAACAUCAGGAAGCAUGGAGCCUGAGGCGAGAAUUCUAACUAGCGGUCCAGCAUCAGUGCGGACGGAGAGCCAAGGGCAAGCAUCGAGGCCAAAAGGUAAUUCUGGGAUUUUGGAAGUUGAUGGGUUCGCAAGGACGAACGGGGUUCCCUCGAAGGUGAAGAAUUUGAGUCGAUUGUGGGCCUACUGCAAUGGCAACUCUCCUGGGGAAAUAUUGUGA